GCGUUAGCUAGGGAAAUUCUCCUCCCCGCGGGGUUGACUAGCGGCUGAUUCACCUACGGAUAAGUCGAUAAUGUAGGUACAUGUUUGCUAUAUAGGUACCUACAUAUCCAGGUACAUGCUUAGGUCGGUCAACAUCUGAGGUUAGCCAACAGGAAAGAAAGCUGGCAGGUGCGUGGAGGUACCCCCGUACCUGCCAGCCUUCCGUCGUCGGCGAUAAAAUGUCUAUAUCAAUACACCGCAGGGAGAGGGACAGGUAGGUCACACCGACGACCUCGCACCCAAAACGCAUGGCCUCUCGCCAGCCCGUCUCCCCAAAUCCCUAGGCAAUCGGUCGCCAACAGCCACCAGUCACCAUGGCUCAAGCGGAUCUCAUCCUACCUUCGCUAGAUACCGUCAAGACCCUGCUCUCGAAGCCCCAGGCCGGCCCCAAGAAGCCGAACCGGGUUCCUCUCUACGGCCAGAUCUCCGCCGACCUCAUCACGCCCUCGGCCGCCUAUCUGAAGGUCUCGGCCCACUCCAAGUCGGAUUUCUCCUUCCUCUUCGAGAGCGCCGCCACAGAGCGCGUCGGCCGGUACAGCUUUGUCGGUGCCGGCCCCCGCAAGGUCCUCAAGACGGGCGAGGGCCACGGCGAGUCCGUGGAUCCGCUGCCCGGUCUCGAGAAGGAGCUGGCCGAGUACGUGAUCGCCCAUGUGCCAGACCUCAACCUACCGCCCCUCACUGGCGGCGCUGUCGGCUAUGUGGGCUACGACUGCGUGCGGUACUUCGAGCCCAAGACGGCGCGACCGUUGAAGGACGUGCUGAAGACGCCCGAGUCGCUGUUUAUGCUAUUCGACACCAUCGUGGCUUUCGACAGGUUCUUCGGCGUCAUCAAGGUCAUCACCUACCUCCGCAUCCCCGACAACCCGGCCGCCCUCGAGAGCGAGUACCAGAAGGCCACGGCGACCAUCUAUGAGCUGAUCGACGUCCUCAACUCGCCCGAGAUCCCCAUACCGCACCAGCAGCCGAUCAAGCUCAACCAGGAGUACACGUCCAACAUCGGGCAGUCGGGGUACGAGUCGCACGUGACGGAGCUGAAGAAGCACAUCGUGGCCGGCGACAUCAUCCAGGCGGUGCCCUCCCAGCGGCUCGCGCGGCCGACGACGCUGCACCCGUUCAACAUCUACCGGCACCUGCGGACGGUGAACCCGUCGCCGUACCUCUUCUACGUCGACUGCGGGGACUUCCAGAUCGUCGGGGCGUCGCCGGAGCUGCUGGUCAAGGAGGCCGGCGGCCGCAUCAUCACCCACCCGAUCGCCGGCACGGUGCGGCGCGGGCGCACACCAGAGGACGACGACCGGCUGGCCGACGAGCUGCGGAACUCGCUCAAGGACCGCGCCGAGCACGUGAUGCUGGUCGACCUGGCGCGCAACGACGUAAACCGCGUGUGCGACCCGCGGACGACGCGGGUGGACCGGCUGAUGGUGGUGGAGCGCUUCAGCCACGUGCAGCACCUGGUGUCGCAGGUGUCGGGCAAGCUGCGGCCGGGACAGUCGCGGUUCGACGCCUUCCGGUCCAUCUUCCCGGCCGGCACGGUGUCGGGGGCGCCCAAGGUGCGGGCCAUGGAGCUGAUCGCGGAGCUCGAGGGCGAGCGCCGCGGCGUCUACGCCGGCGCGGUCGGGUACUUCGGGUACGGCGCGGUCGACGCCGCCGGGGGCGAGAUUCCCGGCGCCAUGGACACGUGCAUCGCGCUGCGGACCAUGGUGGUCAAGGACGGCGUCGCGUACCUCCAGGCUGGAGGCGGUAUCGUCUUCGACUCGGACGAGUACGAGGAGUGGAUCGAGACGAUGAACAAGCUCGGCGCCAACAUCCACUGCAUCACGUCGGCCGAAGGCCUGUAUGCGCGGAGGCAGAACUGACGGCCGUGAGGGUUGGCGGGAGGAGAGAGGUGCUAGGCGGACUGGGCAGGUUUACGCGAGGCGCCAAAGAAAAAGAAGGGGACGGGAUGGUUGCGGGCAAGGUGAUAGGCAUCCCAGUGGUGCUGUGGUCUCCUCUUUUCUUUUCCCCCUUCUUUUCCUAUUUUUUUCAAUAGAAUAGGGCUAUAGGGAAUCGAACGGAAAG